UUCAAAUAUGGCGGCGCGAAAGGACGUGUCGUGUGGUCUCGACCUGGUCGUUGUUGACGAUUUUGCGAGAGCAGUGAAUGAAGCCACCAGUGCAGGGUACAAAUUUGUUGCUGUUGACAUCAGCCACCCACAGCAUGCCCAGAACUUAGCGGAACGGAACCUGGAGAGCAACCCAAUGCUCUUUAGACAUCCUGACAUUGUGCUUUCUUCCCACGACUGGAGCUCCCUGGUGGUUUUGAAGAUUUCUCAAUGGCUUGAUGUUGAUUCGUCGAGUGAGCUAACGAGGAAGUUGUCAGAAACAGUGCUUGAGAGAGAAUUGUCCUACGCUGCCUAUGUCAGAGCUCCGGCAGUUAUCAUCUACCUGAAAGGACCCGCUUGCGUGAACCUUGCCCGGUUGAUCUAUAACUACCUUCUGAAUGGUGUUUCUUACCAGUUGCUGUUCCACAUCUGGAUUGUGUUGCCCAUCGCAUCGGGAAGCAUUGAGGGUGCACCGCAUUCUUGCCAGAGCGCAGGAAUAGCCAGUGGCAAAGGUGAUGGCAUGGCUGCUGAUGCAACUGACCAGGACCCCUGGGAAUGGUGGAACCGAUUCCGUACCAUCUGUGCCACAGACAAGCGCCUGGGGGUAGCACUGCGGUUAACUGCCAACCUCCCGAGCGAGGAACAUUUGCUACGUUGGUUUGGAGAGCCUGUUUGGUGUCUACUAGUGCCCACAACUCUCUUUCUAACCAACAAGAAGGGCUACCCCGUGCUGUCAAAGUCACAUCAGGCAGUGAUCAGGCAGUUCUUCAAGUUGAACUGCCAGGUUCUUGUGGAAGGUAGUUGCCAUCACGAGCACAUCAGGCACUACUACCAGUACAUUGAUCAUCUCUACAAUACACAGCCACCAGAGAACCCAUUGGGUGAGUUUGCAAGGGGCUACGAAGAUCAGCUCCAAAUUCCUCUGCAGCCACUGAUGGACAACCUGGAGUCGGUCACCUACGAGAUCUUCGAGAAGGAUCCUGUGAAGUACACCGAAUACCAAAGAGCUAUCUAUAUGGCACUAACAGACAGAAAAGAAGAGUUUGGAAGCUCUGAAAUUGUGCUGAUGGUGCUGGGUGCCGGUCGCGGCCCCCUGGUGCGUGCUGCCUUGAAUGCGGCGGAAACGGCUGACCAGAAGAUUAAGAUCUAUGCCAUUGAGAAAAACCCCAAUGCCGUUCUCACGCUGCUGUCUCUGAAAGAGAAGAUUUGGAAAGAUAAAGUUACGGUGGUUUCCUGUGACAUGAGGGAGUACGAGCCACCUGACAAAGCAGACAUUGUGGUGUCGGAGCUGCUGGGAUCAUUCGGUGACAAUGAACUCGCUCCUGAGUGCCUCGAUGGUGCCCAAAGAUUCCUUAAAGAUGAUGGAAUCAGCAUCCCUUGCUCGUACCAGUCCUAUCUGGGACCCAUCCAGUCACACAAGCUGUACAGUGAUGUGGCUUCACUCAGGGAGAAGGACAAGCACCCUCUGGCUGCAUUCGAGAUGCCUUACGUUGUGCAGUUGCAGAACAUUGCUGUGCCCGCCAGUCCACAACCACUGUUCUCGUUCGUCCAUCCUAACAAAGAGGAGAAGAUUGACAACAGUCGCUAUAAGAGCCUCCAGUUUGAGAUCAAGGAUAACUACGUCCUGCAUGGAUUUGCCGGUUAUUUUGACUGUGUUCUCUACAAGGAUAUCAGCUUGAGCAUUUACCCUAACUCACAUUCUCCUGGGAUGUUCAGUUGGUUUCCAAUCUACUUCCCCAUCAAGGAUCCAGUGAACCUGGUCAAGGGGUCUACCCUGGAAGUUCGCUUUUGGCGCUGCGUGUCAAAACGCAAAGUGUGGUACGAGUGGCUGGUGGAGCAACCUCAUUUGGGCACUGUGCACAACCCCUGUGGUCGCUCUCACACCAUGGGCCUCUGAAGGUCAUGCCGUCAUCUCAUCAGUGUUGCAUGGUUUCCAAGGACAAACUGGCUUUGUUGUGCAAUUUAUUUUUUACAAGGUUGCAGUAUUCAGCUGAAGUUUGUACGUCUAACAAAAUAUUCUAGUCUCUGUUUCGAGGGAUAGACUAGAUAGAAGAUGCAAGACAAGCUAGUGAAUGCAACCUUUUAACCAUAUUUGUUGUUUCAGAUCAACAGGAAUUGAAUAUGAAAUUGCUCCUAAUAUGUUUGCCUCUGGGGACAUUUGAAGCUUCUUGAAUAAAAAAAUGUACCGUAUGCAAGCUUGUAGGUGAGAAUGCUCAGUGGCCUCCUCUGGGGAAGGGGUGCGACCGCGGAAACCAGUCUGAUAAAGGAGGCUUGCAGGCUGUUAAAUGAAAGAAGAUUCUUUGAUGAAAGCAAUGUUGCAGUUUUUUUGUUUUUUUUUAACUGUGAAGCACAGUUGAAAUUAGAUGGUAACUGUGAUAAAAUAAAGUCUUGGGUUCCUAAAAGUG